CACAAAGUUCCUUUGGAUUCACUGAGAUUGAUUUCUUAUGCACAAAGACACAAAUAAGACCUCUGAGCACAUUUAGCCAGUGUGAGGAUGGUAUAUUUGUCAUAUAAUUGUCUCUGUCUGUUGUUUUUUUUUCCAUAAAAUGAAUUCAUACACAGCCUGUACUCACCUGUGCUGCAUCAUCCGUCUGUUUCAUUCUGUGUAAAAUUAUAAUAAUCAAGCAGGAUUUACUCGGCCCUACUUUUCUGUGACAAACUGCUGCAUGCAGCUGAGCCGUACAGGCCCACUGAGAGCCCAUUAGCAUCCUACCUGCCUUACCUGUGCCAGUUCCUAUAGAAACCAGCACAAGGGUGGAAGGGACUCAGCACUCACCUUUGAGCCUGGGUAAACAACUGUGUGCUCCCGGGUGGAUAAACUGCAGUGUGGGUUUUCCACUGAAGUCACCGCUGACCACUGGAUGAUCAGUCGCUGGCAUUUGACUUUCAGAGACACACAGGUCUGUUUGGGGGCUGGUUUUGGGUUUUGGGUCUAGGGGGUGGCUGGGAUAGUCAAGGCCAUGUUCUUGAACACAGCUUCCCCACGGAGGUCAUUUAACAUCCCCAUUAACAUCAACCUGCAGGGCGCUCGCAGGCGUCAGACACGGGAGCUCCUCGCUUCGGCUGCAGUUCAGGAGCAGGAGGGGGCUCGGGGCCUGAAUGUCCAUGGGGGCCAGCGUUCCCGGGCCCAGAUGCCGGUGUCCAGCGUCGGGGAGGAUAGAGCCAUCCUACUGGGCUUCACCAUGAUGGCCUUCGCUGUGCUCAUGUUCUUUGUAGUGGGCAUCACUACGGUCAAACCAUAUGUCAACAGUAACUGGGAGGAGGAGGCCAGCUGUGUGCUGCUGCAGACCACCAUCCUGGACCAGUGGGUGGACUGCAGAGGUGUGAGUGCCGUGCCCUGCCUCAGGGUCACCGUUAACCUCAGCGGCUCCCAUCAGCUGGCUCUACUACACUUUGACGAGGAAUCGGUUCUCCUCGCUCCUGAGUGUUUCUACAUUCCCAAAUGUCGGAUGGACAGACCAGAACUGGAAGGCGAAGUCCAGAAAUUGAAGAGCAGCUUAGACGCUCGGGUGGGAAGAGUUUCAUCUUGCCUCACCGACCGCGCCAGGCACCCACAGGACGCCAUCUUGAACAGGAAGUACACGAUGAGGACGGCCAUGUUGGCGCUGCUGUGGCCGUCUCUGAUGCUGGGCGGCGGAGCUCUGCUGGUCGGCCUGGUGAAGAUGACUCAGUGCUUGGCUCACCUGUCCUCCGAGAUGUGCAGCGAGACCUCGGCAGGACGGCUGACGUCCAAAUACACCCAGGGACGGCUGUACAAACUCCUGCGCAGGGCCAGUGUGCAGUCUCCCACAUGAAAAACCCAACAGAAGCGAAAGGAAAGAACCGCUUCAUCCAGUAAAAAGUCCAACGUGUUAGAUUUUCCCAGACUGAGGAGUGUUUCCACCUAGUUUAACCCUUUCAUGCAUAGUGGACACUACAGCGGACAGCUGUUCUAUUGUUUAUUCAUG